UUAGAACUGUGUUCACAUGACUGGUUGCAUUUUUUCUACUACCAAAAACUGAUUAUUUUGCUUAAGGACACAGAAAACAAGGGGCAUUAAGAGAAACAAUUCAUAUGGUGAAGAAGAAGUUUUCAGGGUUGGAAGUUUCUCUAAUAGUCAUGCUCCUUCUGGUGAUGACAGUGGCUGUUGCUUUAAUUGUUCUAAUGGUUACUGGAGAGCCUGCAGUCAUCAAAGAAGAGACCAUUGUUCCAGAAUGUCCAAAUAUUCCUCUGGCAGAAAGAGUCAACUGUUUCCCUGAUGCUGGUGCCUCUAAGUCGGCGUGUCAGAUGCGAGGCUGUUGUUGGAGCCCGUUGGACGAAAGGAAUGUUCCGUGGUGCUUCUUCUCGACCAACCAUGGCUACUCCCUUGUCAGUGAGGAAAGACCCAACAGCCACAGCUUAUCUGCACGUCUGAAGAGAAUGGCAGCCCCCUCACUAUUUGGAUCUGACAUAGAAGAACUGUCUUUCCUUGCCGAGAUGCAGACAGUCAACCGACUCAGAUUCAAGAUCUCAGAUCCCCUAAGUAAGCGAUUUGAGGUUCCUCAUGAACAUGUGAGGGACCACGUCACGCAAGUCCCAGGAUCCCUUAACUACGAGAUAGAGCUCACACACAAGCCUUUCAGCCUGAAAGUGCGCAGGGCAGCGACCAAGAAAGUUCUGUUUGACACUGCAGUGGGUCCGCUGGUGUUUGCUGAUCAGUACCUGCAGCUGUCUGCCAGAUUGCCCUCCCAUAAUAUAUAUGGGCUGGGAGAACAUGUCCAUCAGAACUAUCGUCAUGACACCAUGUGGAAGACCUGGCCGAUCUUCACACGAGAUGCAUUCCCUAAUGGGGGGACGCACAACCUCUACGGUCACUACCCCUACUUCCUCUGUCUAGAGGACGAGAGCGGCAAGUCCUUUGGGGUGUUCCUAAUGAACAGCAACGCUAUGGAGGUGACUCUACAGCCGGCUCCCGCAGUGACCUACAGAACCAUAGGGGGAGUUUUGGACUUCUACAUCCUGCUGGGAGAUACACCUGAGCAGGUGGUCCAGGAGUUCCUGGAGCUCAUCGGAAGGCCAGUUAUUCCUCCAUACUGGUCUCUAGGCUUCCAGUUGUCUCGUUGGGACUACGGCAGUCUUGAUGAAGUUAAGAAAACUGUGGAGAGGAACCGAGCCAUCGGCAUACCAUAUGAUGUCCAAUAUACUGAUAUUGACUAUAUGGAGGAUAAGAAGGACUUCACUUAUGAUCUAGUCAAAUUCAGAGAUCUCCCUUCGUUUGCUGAAUACCUGCAUUCGAAGGGACAGAAGUAUAUCCUCAUAUUGGAUCCUGCGGUGGCCACCAGUCCAAGGAUCAAUGGGCCAUAUGAGUCAUAUGACCGAGGAACCAAGAAGGAAGCCUGGGUCACGGAGGCUGAUGGAAAGACCCCGAUAGUGGGUGAGGUUUGGCCUGGUGAAACGGUGUUUCCAGACUACACGAACAAAGACUGCAUAGAGUGGUGGGCUGAUGAGUAUGAACGGUUCUCUAAGGAAAUCAAACACGACGCUCUGUGGAUCGAUAUGAAUGAGGUGGCCAACUUUAAGAAAGGAUCCAUCAAGGGAUGUGCUGACAACAAGCUCAACUACCCUCCCUUCACACCGAAUAUUCUGGAUGGGGUGAUGUACAGUAAGACGCUGUGCAUGGAUUCUAAACAAGCCUGGGGGGACCACUAUGAUGUUCACAGUCUUUAUGGAUACUCCAUGGUUCUAGCCACAGAUGUUGCUUUGAAGCGUGUGUUUGGGACAAAGCGGACACUAAUGCUGACCCGCUCGUCCUUCCCUGGGGUAGGGAAAUACUCAGGCCACUGGUUGGGGGACAACGCUGCUAACUGGAAUGACAUCAAAUGGGCUAUACCUGGCAUGCUGGACUUUGGCCUGUUUGGAGUCCCCUAUAUCGGUGCUGAUAUUUGCGGUUUCUUUGACAACUCGACUGAAGAGUUGUGUCGUCGCUGGAUGCAAGUGGGAGCCUUCUAUCCCUUCAGCCGGAACCAUAACGCCCAACAUUACAUGCCCCAGGACCCGGCGGCAUUUGGCGAAAACUCUCUACUGGUGAACAGCUCCAGGCACUACCUGAAUAUUCGAUACACUCUGCUCCCCUACCUAUACACACUCUUCUACAAGGCCCACACUGCCGGAGACACCGUGGUCCGGCCAGUCAUGCACGAAUUCUACUCUGACAGGCGCACCUGGACGGUAGACCGCCAGUUCCUUUGGGGGAAGAGCCUGCUCAUCACUCCUGUUCUGGACCCUGGAGUGGAUCGGAUCCGAGCCUAUAUCCCUGAUGCUGUCUGGUACGAUUACGAAACGGAAGUGCGAAUGGAAGCCCGUAAGCAGGAAGUUGAGAUGUUCCUACCCGCAGAUAAGCUUGGUUUACACAUCAGGGGUGGAGCUGUUCUCCCUAUUCAAAAACCGGCGGUGACAACUGUUUACAGUCGCCUGAACCCCUUGGGUCUGAUCAUUGCACUGGACAACAACAACGCAGCAGGGGAGUUAUUCUGGGAUGAUGGAGAUUCUCUAGAAACUGUUGGAAGUGGGAACUACAUGCACUACCAGUUUUCUGUUCUCAAUGGCAUUUUGACCAUGCAGGUGAUGCAUUCUGGAUACAGUGACCCCAACAACCUGCGAUUUGAGAACAUCACUGUUCUGGGUGUCAUCAGGGAACCUUUGACAGUCCACGUAACUGACGGCAACAACAUCACAACACAUCCUUUCACCUAUGACACUUAUAGGCAGGUGCUCUAUCUGCGAGGUCUAGAACUCAUCCUGGGUCAGAACUAUACGGUAAGCUGGAGCCAGCCGGAGUUUGAGCGCUUCGACUGCUACCCAGAGCCCGAUGUGGAUGAAGCCAAGUGCAGGGCCAGGGAAUGCAUAUGGGAGCCGUCUAACAUCGAACACGUCCCGUGGUGCUACUUCCCCGAGGACUAUGGUUACACCGCCACCACGGUGGAAGAGCAGCCUUCCGGCUGGAGUUUCGACAUAACACGGAACACUAAGCUCCGGAGCAGCGCGAGACCGGAAUCUCCCGACAUAAACACACUCAGAGUGGAAAUCAAAUACCACUCUGCAGACCUGCUGCAGUUCAAGAUCUUUGACCCUACUAACAAGCGUUAUGAGGUCCCCGUGCCCCUCACUGUUCCCCCCAACCCGGAGACCGAUGAAACCAAGAGGCAGUACAGGGUCCAGAUCCAGGCAAAUCCUUUUGGCAUCCAGGUCUACAGGAACAGCACUGGCACGUUAAUAUGGGACUCGGCGUUGCCGGGGUUCACCUUCUCAGACCUGUUCAUCCAGGUGUCGACGCGUCUGUCGUCCGAGUACGUCUACGGCUUCGGGGAGACUGAACACCCCACAUACAAACACAACCUUGGUUACCACACCUGGGGAAUGUUUUCGAAAGACCAGCCUCCUGGGUACAAGAAGAAUUGUUAUGGCGUGCACCCAUUCUAUAUGGGUCUGGAGAUGACUGCACAUGCUCAUGGUGUAUUACUCCUCAACAGCAAUGCAAUGGAUGUGACCUUCCAGCCAACCCCGGCCCUGACUUACCGCACACUUGGGGGAAUCCUGGACUUCUACAUUGUGAUGGGACCCACGCCAGAGUUGGUGGUGCAGGAGUAUACCAACCUGAUUGGACGUCCUGUGCUCCCUGCCUAUUGGUCCCUUGGGUUCCAGCUCUGUCGCUAUGGAUACGCCAACGACACGGAGAUAGCAGAACUCUACAGCGAUAUGAGGGCAGCUGGCAUCCCCUAUGAUGUGCAGUAUGCCGACAUAGACUACAUGGAGCGCCAGCUUGACUUUGUCCUGGAUAGACAGUUCCUGGGUCUACCAGCCCUGGUGGAUACCAUGAGAACGGAGGGCAUGAGAUUCAUAUUCAUACUGGACCCUGCUAUCUCUGGCAAUGAGACAGACUACCCUGCCUUUGAACGGGGGAAGGCGAAAGACGUAUUCAUCAAAUGGCCCAAAGAGCUCAGCAAUGAUAUUGUCUGGGGGAAGGUGUGGCCUGACCUACCUGAUGUUAAAGUGAAUGAGUCUCUAGACUGGGACACGCAAGUAAAGAUAUACAGGGCCUAUACAGCAUUCCCAGAUUUCUUCAUGAAUAAGACGGCAACAUGGUGGCAUCGGGAGAUUGCGGAUAUGUACAAAAAUAUUACAUUCGACGGCCUCUGGAUUGACAUGAAUGAACCAGCCAGCUUUGUCCAUGGAACUGUAGGAGAGAAAUGCCUGGGUCCUGCUGUCUACGACAAUCCCCCAUACAUGCCACCCCUGGAGUCCAGGGAACGUGGCCUGAAUCAUAAGACUCUGUGUAUGAACAGCCAGCAGCACCUGAGCGACGGCACGCCAGUCAAACACUACGACGUACACAACCUCUACGGAUGGUCCCAAAUCAAGCCAACAUACGAUGCCGUGUUGAGUGUAACAGGGAAACGCGGUGUUGUGGUGACGAGGUCGUCCUAUCCCUCCAGUGGGAAGUGGUCUGGACACUGGCUGGGAGACAACUACUCCAGUUGGGAUCAGCUCUUGAAGUCCAUUAUAGGAAUGAUGGAGUUCAGUCUGUUUGGAAUUUCUUAUACCGGCGCUGAUAUCUGUGGCUUUUUCAAUCCAGCUGAGUAUGAGAUGUGUCUUCGCUGGAUGCAGCUGGGUGCAUUCUACCCUUACUCUCGCAACCAUAACAGCAAGUUCAACCCUCGACAAGACCCUGUGUCGUGGAACGCAUCGUUUGCCGAGGCAUCCCGUGACGUGUUGAACAUCCGUUACUCACUCCUACCCUACCUGUACACACUCAUGUUCCACGCCCACAAUGCAGGAAGUACAGUCAUCCGACCUCUGCUACAUGAGUUUGUGAAUGACAAGAACACCUGGGACAUUGACCGACAGUUCCUCUGGGGCCCAGCUCUGCUCAUCACUCCGGCCCUGGAUGAGGGAGCCAGGGAGGUAAAGGGUUACAUCCCAGAUGACCGCUGGUAUGACUUCCACACGGCUAGGGCUAUUGGGUUGAGGGGCCAGCUGGUAACCUUGCCAACGCCUCUCAACCACAUCAACCUCCAUGUGAGAGGAGGAUAUAUCCUGCCCUGGCAGAAACCAGAGAACAACACACGCUACAGUCGGAAGAAUCCCCUGGGGCUGAUUGUUUCCCUGAGCGACAGUGGCACUGCGAAAGGUUCCCUGUUCUGGGAUGAUGGGGAGGGGAUCGACACGGUUGGAGAGGGUCAGUACCUUUUGACCUUGUUCACAGCUGCUUCGAACACCUUGACCUGUCAUGUGUCGAAAAAUGGUCUGCCAGAGGCUGAGAGGUUGACCCUGGGCGUGGUGAGAGUGUGGGGUGCCGGGAAUGUUCUCAUCACAGAUAUUAUCCUACGUGAAAAUUCGGGCACAGAGAAAAAGAUAACUGGCAGUCAUAACCUUGACACACAGGAGCUGAUUGCUGAUGCCACUGCCUUAUCAGUACGCGUGGACCAGGGCUUCACACUCAUAUGGAAAACCAGCAUUUAAUCGUAAUGACAGUUCAUUGAAUGUGUAAUUUUAAUGACAACUAUCACAGCCCAGUACAGUCUAAAACAUGAUUUGUGAAAAUGAUUGUAAGAAAAAAAUAUUAUUUCAGCCUGUUUGCAUUGGAAGAUAAUUUUUUUCAAACUGUAUGAUGUCUCAAUUAAUAUCCACCAAUUACUGUUUAUUCUGAUAAUAGGUUAGGCUCUAAACCCUCCAGUCAGAUUUUCCAGCACCCAUAUGGUCAUGCUAAACAAAACAAUUAACAAUUUAUUUUCGAAUGCAUUUUUAUUUACUUAGUAUAUUCAUACAUUAAUCAUUUCUUUAAUAAACAUACAUGAAAAUAAAUGUUUUUGUUUUCCCCUAUAGCCUAUUUCUUGUGAAACCAGAAAAGGAACCAGGCAAGCCUAGUUCAGCCGGCCUUCAAUUAAGUGAUGUGUUGUUGCCCUCAAUGGAUUAAAACUUAGGUCUCCCAUAUGAGUGGCUGUGUCCUUAACCACUACAUCAUAAUGUAAUACAUCUCCCCAGUGUAUACCAUCUCGAUCAUCUUGAUCAUUAGAUCAUCUUGUCACACA